AUGAUUCACAUUCCACACAUUCUCAUGUUAAUCACCGGGACAUAUUUGGAAGUGAUACUGAAAGCGAUAACUCGGAAGUUGUUCUGCCUGGGCCUCACGAGGGAGCUGCUGGUGUUUCGUCGAAUGGCAAACGGGAGAAUUCUUGCACAUACUGCUGUUACCACAAAAGAUAUCUUGGGGUCAUCUUCCUCAGAAUCAGAGUCUGAAGAUGAUGCUCUGCAGGAAGCUAACAAGGGUCAAUCUUUAUUAACCUCCACUGAUGAAUCAAUUCCGGGCUCGCCAAAAGAGGAUGGUUUCAUCCGCGAAGUUGAUUUUAUUGGGCAUGAGCAGGGAGACCAUCGAAAAACGGCAACAGAGGAAGACGAAUCCGAUGAGAUUCGUAUUGCCGCUGACUUUCCACCCAUCCGUGCUGAUCUUGGCAAAGAAAUGUAUUUGGUGAAGAUGCCGAACUUUUUGUCAGUUGAAACUCGGCCAUUCGAUCCUUCCUUCUACGAGGGUGAGCUUGAUGAAGAUGAGAUCCUUGAUGAAGAGGGCCGCACAAGACUCAAACUAAAGGUUGAAAAUACGAUUCGUUGGCGCCUUAGCAAAAAUGCAAACAAUAACGUCACUCAGGAAUCUAACGCCCGGAUAGUGCGAUGGUCCGAUGGGUCGUUGUCCCUACAUCUUGGUGAUGAAAUCUUUGACGUUCACAAAAUGGAUAUUCAGUCUGAUUUUAAUCAUCUCUUCAUCAGGGAGGAUAGAGGUCUCCAGGGUCAAGCAAUUUUUCGGAGUAAACUUAGUUUUAGACCUCAUUCAACUGAUUCGUUCACUCAUCGCAAGAUGACUCUAUCCCUUGCUGAUAAAACCAGCAAGUCGCAAAAGGUGAAGAUUCUGCCCGUUGCAGGCGCAGACCCGGAGUCUAAUCGGAGUCUGGCAGUACGCAAGGAGGAGGAGCGGCUUCGCGUAGCACUACGUCGUGAGAGUCAGCAGCGGCGAAUGCAGGAACGUCAGCUUGCGGCUGCCUCGGCACAUCGCCAGCGUCGAUCUGUUCCUGGCCCCUCCGGCUAUGAGAGCUUCGGUGACAGCGACGCUGACAAUACCGUGUCGCUGAGCGCAAUCAAAAGAAAUGCCAAAGCUGGUUUCCUCUCGUCUUCACAGAAAAAUAGGGGUGAGUGUAGCUUGUCUUCGUUUCCUUAUUUCAUAGCCUGUUUAAACAGCUUUGGAACGAUCGAUCGGGUGGGUUUUCUCACUGUACAUACACAACAUUUGCUUAUGGUAGGUCGUUCUGUUUCGGAUUCGGAUGACGCCUCCGUCAGUGAUGUAAGUUAGAUGGGUUCUGAGAAUUAA